AUGACUGCAUCACCGCCGGCUGGGUCCCGGAGGGGAUCUAUCGCCACCGACACUCCUGGCUUCGGAAUUCACUGUAGUGUUCCUCCGCUGCUGUCAACACAGUCACCUGGCGCGCAGUCCACGAUAUCUUGGACAUCGAGAACCGAGACCGAGACCGAGACCAUCGCAGAAGAGCCAAACUCCAGUUGCUCAACCCAUUGUCCAGCUACACCUGCGAACGUACCAACCCUCCUCAAACAAGCCCUAGAACAAGUUCUAGAUCUCAAACGGCAAAGCUUCAGCAAAGAGACUACAUAUCUGGACAGCUCUAUCCCGCCAGAGCUUUCCAAAGCCUUCAUUGCAAACUUUUUCAAGCACUACAAGAUCGACACAUUCCCGGGAUUUAUCAAUGUCAAGCUUAUGCAGCUGAUUCCAGACAUUGUCGACAUACCGGAGAUCAGUAUCGACCCAGCUGCGCUUGUUCUCUACUACAGUAUCCUCUACCACGGGUCCUUACCGGCUCCAGCCGUAAUGGCGGAACGAGGGAACGGCAUACCUGACAGAAUGUAUCGUUGUUGUCUACGUAUCGUACCGUCGUGGCAGAGACAAAUUGCAGGAACCAAGACAGAUCUAAUCACUGCCAUUCUUGUCAUGCGAGCCUCUUUUCAACAGUGUGACUUCAAACGUAGCUGGGAUAUGUAUAAGAUUGUAUGCCAGUGCGUACAAACGCUGAACAUGCACAACAUUGAUCAGAGUCUUUCCAAUACGCUGAUGAACCCCGAGCUUCUUUCAGAUGAGCCAGACCACCACAGGCAGGGGCUUUGGGCGUUGGUGUUAGUGGACCUGUUCUUCCGGCUGCUACACGAUAAACCUGCCAUUAUGACCGCCAACUUGACUGAAUGGCGCGUCAAUCUGCCCUGGCUAUCUGCAAACCCUGAAUCGACGGAACAUGUGGUUCCUACACUAGUGUUCAUCGUAAAGUCGCGACUGACUUUUCUUCUCCUUCGUUUCUUUGAGAUAUUUGAUCAAGACAGAAAAGACAAGAACAGUACGAUCAAACAUGUUACGGGACUUUGUACAGAGAUAGAAGAUUUAUUCGAAGAAUGGUCCGUGAGAGACUCAAUGACAAAACACGAGGAAGUCCACGCUUACUGGUGGAUGCUAUACGACCUAUUAGCCACGGGAUACUGCGCUAUGAUGAUGAUGGUACACAAAAUAGCCAACUUUCCAUCUGACCAUUCUGGAGCACGUCGAGUGAGUGAGGAUGCGUCUACCACUCUUUUAUCGGUUCAUAUCGCACGCCGUGUCAUGGAUCUCGUUCGACUUAGCCUAGGAAGGUAUCCGAGCCCGGCAGCCGCGUGCAACGUGUUUGGCGCAUUCCGCUGCUGUAUUGCAUACGGCUAUUUAGCCAGACAUCUCUUUCAGAGCGACCCUCGAGAGCCUGGCUCUACAGCAGAGACCGACAUAAAGUUGCUGGAGCAGGUUGCUGAGAGCAUGAGUACUAUAUCAAAAAUGGAUGAAGACAUUUUGCCCCUGGUGCGGACGCUUUAUGAACUGAAUAGAGCUAUUCAUGCCAGAUGGGAAGAAAGGACGGGAGUCUCCCUCUAG